CAAGUAUACCCCACAUGGGCCUCACUGAGAGGCCUGACGUGCGUAUGAAUCUCUCUCACUUCUAGUAUUCGGACAUAAAGAACGCCGCCAGCCGUCAUUGUCCACCUAUGGAACCUGCUGAUAUUGCUUCAUGGAUUGAAAACACACAGAGAGCGAUCCCGAGUUCCCGUCACCGAGACGCUAAGGAUUCGAAGAGCUCUGCGCUGCAGUCCAGUCCUGUCCGAUUGUCGUGGUCCUCCAAGCCACUCUUGUAUCACCCACUCCAGACCGUAACUCCUCCCUCAUCCGUGAAAAACCCGACGAGGCGCAAGCAACGUCUUUCAUUGCCUGCAACCGAGCGUUCCUCGAGUCCACGGAAGAGGCAGCGAGGCCAAGAUAGUGAUACAGUCCUCAGCUCUAGCUCUAGGAAUAUUGCGGUCCUCGACAGUCGCACGGUGCUCAGUGCAACAUCACUAGGCUCAGGUUCCAGUCCGAAACGAAACAACAGCCCCACACGAGAUCAUGCCAUCGAGCUGAGAACUUCAGUACCUUCAAUCCAAACUGACAGUCUCAUCAGAGCGGAUAUCCCCAAACAAGUGCGGGGAUUGAGAAAGCUUCUCAUAACUAACUUUGGCCGAAGCUUCCUUCCAGCAGGUCUUAAGGAGGUCAUCUCGUCCGAUCCAGAUCUUGUGGACGAAAUCGACGAUGACGCCUACGACGAAACGGAUCAACGCGCUCCCAAAGAUAUACUUUCUCUUCUUGAUAAUAUUCAGAGGAUCGUUGCCAAUGCUCGGGACUGUGAGCAGAAUCAUCGAGAUGAGAAUGCUUGGUGCAUGGAUGUCAUCCAACCGCUUCUAGAGUUAGCUCUCAAGGAAAGUGUAUCAAAUGAGUGGCUUCUGCAGAGCGUACAAUCCCAGCGGGUCCAAACCAAUUUCCUGAGCCGAACGGCAUCGAACGCACUCAUUGAGCGCAAAACCGACUACGUUCUAUCAUAUUCGCAUAAAGAUCCGGCGACGAGCGAGUUAUAUGAGAAAUUGGCGCGGAAUGGAAUGCGAGACCGUUUGGGGCAUACAAGGGACUCGUUCACGAAGCGGACAGCUUUAUUCUCUGGAAUUGAGGUAAAGCCUAGUGAUGGAGGUCAUGCACAGGCAGAACUUCAACUGAGUGUCUGGCUCGCGGCAAGUCUACGGAACAAGGCUCGCUUGGUUGAGACAGCACAGCGCUUCGCUAGUACUGGGGCCAAAGAAGGGACAGCUUCGGAAACACAGGAUUGUGUGAAGGUUUUCCCUGAACCCGGAGCGACAAUUGUUGGGCACGAUCACCAAAUCUACUAUGCAUGGAUCGACAGUGAUGAAAACACGACCAACGUAGGACCAGACGACCGCUUAAGCGCCAGCACACGAAGCGUUAGAGGGGCUUUCCUUUUGUUGGAUCUCUAUAAGCGCAUAUUGCAGUAUGGCUCUGCUGGUAGUCAAUAUAAGAACUGGUUCUUUGGGGACGUGUUGCAACAGCUGGUCAGCGGAGCGGACCUAGAAGGAUAGUCCAGUCUGGGUUGGUAGGAAGUGGAUGGUAUGGAAGCCAAUGCUGCGAUGCCAUCGGAAGAAUCUCGAGUGGAUAAACCCUAAAUUAAUCCUUAGCAAUGGACAUGCACGAAAAUGGUGCCAGUAGCGCCCACGACGAGAUUGGUGAA